CAGUUAUUUGCGCAAUUAUCAUCUUUAUGUGGGUUGUGCAUCGGCACGGAGGGAGAAUUUGUAGCUGUACAGGUACUUCGGAAUCACAGGUUGUAGUCUUGGAAGUAUGACCAAAAUAAGAAUUUUCACCGGAAAAGUCAUCUGAACAAAACACUGAUGAUCAGCAGCGGAAUAGCUGUCACACCCAGAGAAACUUUUAGACGGCAUUAUUCUUUGUUGAAUUAUCCAGACAUCAGCUAUGUUUUUGCUUGAGACAGAGUCGCUGGACUGUACGAGUAAUCUUUUUGAAAGCGGAUUUGCUGUGAACGGAGGUUUGGAUGGUCCCGGACACGGACAGUCUCCUGCGCAUCUUGCGGCAUGCGGGGGUCAGGCUUUCUGCUUGCUUUGGCUGCUGCAAACAGGUGCUGAUGCAAACCAGCAGGACGCAAGUGGAGAGACGCCCAUUCAUAAAGCAGCCAGAGCGGGCAGUUUGGAGUGCAUUAGUGUGCUGAUGGCAAGUUAUGCACAUUUCGACAUUUGCAACAAUGCUGGACAGACAGCUGAAGAUAUUGCAUGGUCUUGUGGGUUUGAGGAAUGCGGGAGGUUUUUAAACAUGCAUCGGAGAACACAGGACUUAAAGAACGCUUCAUCAUCCCCUCUCGCUGAGCGGCAUGUACAGAGCAGCACUCUCGCAGGACAGAAGAGAGGCCGCGCAACCUCCAGUGCUCAAGACGGGAAGAAAGCACGGGACUGGUGAUCAAUGCUCUCAUUAAGAGAGAGAAUUUCAUGUAACAUAUAGGCUGUUUAACCACUGAUGUGAAUGGUAAACAGAUAAUGCUUCAGUAUGUCCUCAGAGUCUGAAUAGAACCUGUGGACAUUUGGUAUUGAGCCUACUGUAGCCUCAACAGUGAAGAGAAAUUGACCCUGUUCUGGGAUCAGUGAUUUGGGGUCUUAAGUUCAAGCGGAAUCACUGACACUGUAGAUCUGUUCAGAGUGAUGUGUGCUUCACACACAGAUACCUGCCAACACAGAGCAGAUGCCAAUCAAGGCAAAAGCAGAGAAUUUCCUGGUGGAGGUUGAGAUUGCACUGGAAAACGUGCAACAUUUAACUUCGAUCACAUACAUCUUGUGAAUCAAUUAAUGCUUUCAGGAUUUUAUGACUGUCAGUUGAGGACCGUGGAAAUGAGUGGAUAUAAAUGAACAAAACAGAAGACCAUUGACUUGCUGCCAAGCUUGGCUAAUCAAGACAUUCUUCAUAAGGCUAGAUUAGUUGUAUGUGACAUUUUUGGUUUACAUAAACAUGUUUUGACAAAAGCAGUUUUUUUAUAGCUGUUUUAGGAAUGAUUUGAAAGAGAUUUUAUCUGCUUUUCCUUUUAUUGAAUUGCAGGAAGCCUUAUCUUGUGAAGAUGGUUCAAAGAUAUCUUGUGAAUUUGAUGUAUGACAAACUCGUAAACUUGGGUAGUCUCAAGGAUAUUAUGUCAUUACAGGAUUUUUUUUUUUUUUUUUUUAAUACAGUUGCUAGGACCCAUUUCUCAACUCUUCACACAGUGAGCACAACAGCAGCCUAUGUGGGCUCAACUAGAUCAUUUUCUAUUGCUUCAGCACAAAAACUCUGUACCUACAGAACAAUUUUUCAAAACUUAUAAUCAAAACUUAACAUAAUGCAAAACUGUAUAAAACAUCAAUUUGCUACAUUUUUCUACAGUAAUACCAUAUUGAAAUAUAUUACAAGUGCAAAAAAAGAGAAACAUUACAAAACAAUUAGAUGUAGCUGAAAAUCUACACAGAUGUUAGUCUGUACACUGCAGUGAAUUCUAAACAGUAGAGAGAUGCAAUUCUUGUUCUGUAAAGAAAUGUUAUAAAAGAAAACCAUAAUGCUAUAUAGUGUACUUUUAAACCAUAAUGUUUUAUGAGUGACAAAGUGUGUUUGUUGGGUGACAACCUUUGCUACUGCUGAUUUGAGACAUAUGUUUUGGUAGUUUUAGUGCAUUUUUUAUGUGAAAUUAACUGCUGUGCCAAACUGGAAGUUGGUUAAGAGAACUGUGUUAAGAGUUUUGAAAAUGAGACCUACUUUAAGUACUGAGAAAUGUAACCUAGUGGUUGUAAAAAAAAAAAAAAAAAAAAAAAUCUGUAAUAUCCAUUUACAGCCUCACAAGACAUUGCUGAAAUCAUUGUAACCUUUAGCGUGACUGAAAACAGAUGUUUAAAACAUUGUAAGGAGGACAAUGGGUAAUAAAUGAUAAAUCACU